AUGUUCUCAAACACAGUCGUCAGAAGGUUCGCCUCUUCGCUGCGCAGCGCCGCCGCACGGCAGCGUCAGCAGCAGCAGCUCAGAGCGCAGGCUCAGAGGAGAUGGGCGACCGCAGCGCCGAAACCCGGGUCAGGACCGCUGAUGGAGCGGCGCGCUGACCGAGAACUCCCAGACCUCAGCCAAAUCACCUUCCGCUGGUCCCGCACCCUCCCCCUCUUCGCCGCCGCCAUCGCCCUCAGCAGCCUCGCAAUCUUCAACUACCAAAAGUCCUCCUCCCCCGUCAUCGCCUCGACGCUCUACGCGCUGCGUACCUCACCCAAGGCGCGCGAGUACCUCGGCGACGAGGUGCAGUUCAAGCAUCAGAUCCCCUGGAUCGCCGGCGAGAUGAACCAGCUCCAUGGGCGCAUCGACAUUAGCUUCAGCGUCAAAGGUUCGCGCAACGAGGCCGUCAUGAAGUUUGCGAGCUUCCGGACGGCGCACAAGGGCCUAUUUGAGACGACCGAGUGGAGCCUCGAGACGCCUGACGGGAGCAAGAUUGAUUUGCUCGACGGCACGGAUCCGUUCAAGGGGUCCAUUCCGGGAGAUGAUCUGGAUGAUGACGACCUCGAGGCUGUAGUGUCGGCGGCGGAGACGAGGGGGUUCAGGCAGAAUAUCAAGUGA